ACAGACGGAUCGAUGACUCGUUGCUACUGGAUACGAAAUCUGAUAAGCUCGAAAACCAUAAAUCGGAUCAUCUAUAAAAGGUGGAAAAAACUGAACCUGGGUUUUUUUUGAAUGUUUGUUUAGUUUUGUAGCAUAAAGUAGUAUAUCUAACAGCGGGAAGGACGUUCUAUUAUGGCGGGCUAGAUAAGAUGCUAGCUCUUAGCUUUUUGUACGAUUAGUCUGUAGAAUGACAUAAUACACCUAAAAGCACUCCAGAUGGAGGUGGAUACUGGCUCUAUAGCCAAAUGUGCACCGGAACUGUAUGACAUCGCUUCCACACUAGUUAACGUCGAGGAAGUCACAGAUAACAAAGCAUUCAAUGAUUUUAAACUAUCGAAGCCAACUAUCGACAUGGUCAGUCGAGUUACCGAAGCAGUAGUUUCUGAUCCAGACCCUAAGGCUCCCCAAAACCGUGAUAAUACGACUGCAGAACCUUCAGUUGCCCCUGUUGUUGUGAAUAGCAAUGUUGGGAAGUACCGUCUCUUACGUACUAUAGGAAAAGGAAAUUUCGCAAAAGUCAAGCUUGCUAUUCAUAUGGCCACUGGUGUGGAAGUAAGGUUUGAUACGGUUUCAACAUUUCCAGGUUGCCAUAAAAAUAAUUAAUAAGACCGUCAUGGAUAAUACUCUCCUCAAACGCCUUAAACGUGAGAUAACUAUCAUGAAAGUUACAAAUCACCCAAACAUUGUCAAACUACUCGAGAUAAUUGAAAAUGAAGAUGUUCUCUGUCUUGUUAUGGAAUAUGCUAGUGGAGGUGAAAUAUUUGACUAUCUUGUCGCGAAUGGAAAGAUGUGUGAAAAGAAGGCACGUGUAAAGUUCAGACAGUUACUCUCUGCCAUGCAGUAUUGUCAUGCAAAACGAAUUGUCCAUCGAGAUCUGAAAGCAGAAAACAUCUUGCUCGACCAGAACUUAAACGUUAAGGUUGCUGAUUUUGGCUUGGCCAACACCUUCGAAUCUGAUCAAAGGUUGACUACUUUUUGUGGUAGUCCUCCAUACGCUGCUCCAGAACUGUUUUUGGGGAUUCCGUAUUAUGGACCUAGUGUAGAUAUUUGGUCUCUUGGUGUGAUUCUGUUUACUUUGGUUUUGGGACACCUCCCGUUUGAUGCACGUGAUCUUCGUGAACUUCGGAGCAAAAUCUUGGGAUUGCACUACACUAUACCUCGUGGUGCCGUUUCUCCAGAAUGCGACACACUGUUAAGAAAAAUGUUAGUUCUUGACCCUAAAGAUCGUUCAUCUUUAAAGUCUUUGAUGCUUGACAAGUGGGUGAAUAUGGGCUACGCUCCAGAUGAUCAUCUUCGUCCCUAUAGAGAAGUACCAAAAUCCCAACUGGAUGAUAAUCGUGUGAAAGCUAUGGAAGAAAUGGGGUUUACAAGAGCUGAUCUGGAGUCAUCGGUAGUUAAUCCUGCAUUCGACCAUGUGUAUGCAACUUACUACUUAUUGCCCGAAACCCCAUCUCAGUUUGUUGAGCUUUGUAAAGACUUGGCUCCUGGAGCGGUUGUUUCACCAAAUACCAUCGUAUUACCUAACUCUCUGCUUACUCACAAUCAGGAGACUAAGUCGACUCAUAGUUGUUCUUCCGAGUCAUCAGAAUUACCUGUCUCUACGAAGCCGACUGCUAUUGGACGUUUCACAGUGGCUCCAAGUAAUAAAGUCAAUGAACCUACUAGUCAUUCUUCAUCUGGACGUUGUGCUCGGGGUAGCUUGACAUCUGAAUCUAACCAAGCUUCAGCACACCAUAAGAAUGUACAUAAUUUUGAAUAUGGGAAUCGAGAACAUCAUUCGCUUACAUCCGCACUGCCAAAUACUCUGAAACGAGCAAUAAUGCAAGUUAGUCGAAAUCUCACUGGAGGAGGAACUCCCACAACAAGUAAUGAAGAAAGUAGUAAUCGUGGUACAGCACAAUUAGUUACAGGACGUCAUAAUAAAUCCGUACCAAAAUCUUCUGGAGGUGGAAGGGAUGUUAUCACUGCAGCACCUGUUCCAAUUGGAGCUGUCAAAAAACAUGGGUUUGGUUUGUCUCAACAACAACAGACACAAAAACGUCAGCCUUUAAAUCCACAAAGUGCUUCUCAUUCUCAAAAUCCUACUGUAAGAUCCAAAAGCCCAGCUGUUCGUAAUCAUUCUUCAUCAUCUAAUACCUCUUCUGCAUCAUCGGAAAGUCAUGGAACUCAAAAAAUGAAUAAAGAAUCCUCAGUUGCAAUGAAAGCUAGUUCAGAUAUGAACUAUCGUGGUUCUAUAAACAACACUUGUCGUGAUAACGAUAAAAGCUCAUUACAAGGAACACAGAAACGAAAUAUGAUAGAUGCAAACGGAGCUAAAAUUUCUGGUUCAAGUUGUACUUCAUCUAAUUCUGGUGCUGAAAGCGAAAUUCGAGAAAGGGCUACGACAAUUGUUCAAGGCGUUUGCAAAUCAGUUAAUGCUUCCUCUUUGCAUCAUCAACAUUCUACUCCUCAGUCUGUCUUAGAAGCAAAACAGGAAUUUAAAGAGAAUGAUGAUCGUUCUUGUCUAGUAGUACCAGGGAAUAAUAAUGAACUCAUUCACUUCGAACAAACUAAUCUUCGCAAUGAAAAGUCAGAACUCAGUCGUAGUUUAACAACUAUUGAUAAGACAAACCAAAUGACUAACAAUUCGGAUAAAACUGCAAAUGUUCCAUCCCUUAAUCCACAAAUUAAAGUAUUACAUACAGUCCAAGGCACAGAAGCUCUCGCUUUACGUCUUGAAGCUCUGCGUUUACAGUCUGUGAACUCAACGACCAAACCAUCUUCAAAUCCUGAGGCAGCCGCAAACAUAAUUGUGGAUUCCAGUCAUCAAGGUUCAUGGGGCCGUGGUGUUCUAAAGGCAUUAGGUGGAUUCUUUGUACAAAGUAGAUCUACAGAAGGACGUCCGGAUAAUCAGUCGUCCACCCGACUACUUAAUAAACCACGUGAAGUCAAGUUCCCUUGGAGUGUAUAUACUACAAGCACAAAAUCAGCAGAAGAACUCCUUCAGUCCAUCAUACAUGCCCUUGAAGUCACUCCUGGUUGUCGUUAUUCACAUGACCCUCACCUUCCUUUUCUAUUGCAGUGUUCCUGGGCAGCUGAUCGACCUGCUAUCAAAAAGUCUGAUUCGGAAGCUGCUUGUAAAGAUCAAGCUAACACAUCCUUUUCUGGACCCCUUGAGGUUCCAAGUCAUGGUGGACUUUUACGUGGAGAUCCGGUACAUUGGGAAAUGGAAGUAUGUCAGUUACCACGGGUUCACCUGCGUGGUGUCCGACUGAAACGAAUACGUGGAUCAACACUACAUUUUCGCCCAAUCGCUGAUCUUGUUAUGAAGUCGUUGCGUUUGUGAUACCUUAUUAGAAAUCGUUGCAAUAAAUAUACAUAUAGCUCAUGGUAAACUAUCACUUAUAUUUCAGUAAUGUAACAUGAACAAAAAGUGGAAAAAUAACUUCAAACCUUAUAGAACCAGUUCAUUGGCUUUAUAUAUUUCAUUUAUUUUAUGCGUCCCGUUUUUCCUAUACUGAUGUCAAACUUGGUAUGCAGUUUUAAUGACUGCUUCCCUACACCUGUUAUUUAAAAAAAUAUGCAAAAUGAGACUUCAUUUCAGAUUCAAUCACAAUCCCAUGUACAGUUUUAUCUACCGGUUCACAAAAUUUGAAACUCCAGUUCAUCAUUUGUGUUUUGUUUUGAAACAUUAAUUUACCAAUAAUUAUUUUCUGUUAUCCAUUCAGUCUAUCACAUUUUCUUUUAUCGAUUUCUUUGCUUCUCUCUUUCUGAUAUUUUUACUAGAUUAACUCAUUCUUUUGCAAUUCUGUAAAAUUAUAGGUUGUUUGGAAUAUAUAUAUUUGCUAUCACUAGUUAUUUUUAUUUCCCAUUAUUACACACUCUAUCGCUCACAGUAUAGUGCUCCUUCUCUUUACUGUAUUCUUAACUAUUUUCCUAUGUAAAUGUUUAGACGAUUAACUUUCAUCUCGUUCCGUAUAAAAACUUUCAAAUUAACGUAAUAAAUGAUCUUUUUAACAGAUUAAAGUCUCGUACGUAUGAUACUGAUACGCUUAAUAAUAUUCUGAUUCACUUAAUAUUUUACGCGUUAAUCUAUAAUAACUAUUAUUAUUAUUACUAUUAAGGUUUCAAUUUCACAUGCAUAAAUAUUUCUGUAUUUAUCUGCCUUGUGGUUUCUCAGUCUAUCUAUUAUUUUUUCUUUAAAUCUACUGUACUACUAUCAAUAAAUCUUUUAAUCAAGAUUAAUAUUUAUUUGUGAGAUUUACGGUUUGUCAGUUAUUUGACUUAAAUGAUUUAUUAUCUUUCUAAUUAUAGUUCAAUUUUCUAAAUAUUCUCAAAAAGUUAAGCACAAUAUAGACCUAGUGUCAUUAUAUUAGGUUGAAUAACAUCAAAUGUUCUUUUCAUAAUUUGUUUCAAUAGAACUACUCAAGUUAUUAAUACACCUUGUUUUCUUAGAUUCCAUUUCCCAAUCAAGCUAAGUUUCGCAUGUAUGAAAUAUAUCUCAUAGUAAAUUUAGUUCAAAACAUUAGAUUAAUCGCAUAUUUUAGGUAGUCGUUUUGAGAAUAAUCUUUAUGUCGUCGUAACUUCCACAUUACAAUUUCUAAUAUACAGAGUAUUGAUCAAUGUAUUCCUUGUGCUGUAUAUAAAACUGUCGUUGUCAUUCUUGAUGAUAUUGGUGCUAGCAAGCAAUUUCAUUGUCCUUACAUGUAAUUUCAGUAAUUUGCUGU